AUGGGAACCGCCAAGUACGGAAAACAACUUGGGCUCACGCGCUUCAACAAGCACUUUACCGAGGUCGAACCCAACAAGGGAGACACGCUCGUCUUCAUUGACCUCCCCAACCCCACCAACGACAAGACACCGGUCGACGGCGACGACGUGCCCUUGUUUCGCGGGCACUCGGAGAAGCUCAAGGCCACGGGAUCCUCGCGAUUUGAGGACAUGUUCCAGCCCACCUACCAAAACCGCAUCCAACGCCUCCGGAAGCUGGUCAACAAGCUGCCAGAAGGCGUCAAGUACGUCUUGGACCUCACGCCGCCAUCAGAAGGGGAGGAGAUGGCCUUUCAGGUUACAGAGCUGUCCCUGACCCCUGGCAUCAUCAAAGGGUCGUCUUCGCGCGCCCAGAUCGACUGGCCCUUUUUCUAUGUCAACGCUCCUCUUCAUAUCCCAAACUAUUGUCCUAUACGCCAUUGCAAUGGUAUUGUCCACCUUCUCAGGCUUAUAGAAGGUAUGGAGCCCAUAGACAGUGCCCCACGGCUUUUGACCAUAGUGGCCCUCGCCAAGAUAUGGGACUGCGUUUCCGCUGUCCGGGAUCCAGCUAUCCAGUGGCUGUUACGGGAAGAGGGUAGCAAAUUCAUCGAGGCCUUCCCAGAGGAAGCAAUCAUAAUUGGCGGCAUCUUUCAAAGCCCCCAAAUAACGCGUGCCACCUUCAGGAUUCUCGUCAGCGAGCUUGCUCUUGAGCCGACUGCCACUUAUGGUACCAAAACGAGCGUCACUAUUUUUGGCAGACGAAAGGGCGACCCCGGCCACGAAUUUGGUCCUUUGAUACAGCAUGCUGCCCGGGCAUUUGUGGAGCGGAUGACAAGCCGACUGGCGGAAUUGAACAGCCUCGAUGUUUUUGAGGCAUGGAAAAUUCCUGAUUACAUGAAAAUACUCAAAAUUGAAAAGUCCUUGAAACAGUUGGACCUGGGUUUGGGCUGUCCGGCUCUGGAAAUCAUCGGAAGGCUUAAAACCAUGCUUCGCUUGGGUUUGAACUCGGGUUUGAACUCGGGUAUUGGAAGCCAACAUUUCUGCUCUCUUUCGAACCCCGACUCCAACAGAGCUACCUAUGUUGAGUCAGGGGACUUUCGACUGUUCCAUGACAUCUACCGGACUAUGACACCACUGCAAAGGUUAUUAACGUCUCGCCGAUACAAGGAACUCGAAAUUUCAUGGCUAAAUUGGGCCAGUCACGCCGAUGAUGCAGAGAAUUCGUACCGUUCCACGGCCAAGGUUGUCGAAUCUCUGGGACACGAGAUGGGCAAGAUCUCCGAAUUGUGCAAGCGGUGCCACGCAUGGAGCGUAGAUGACAACAGCCCCGAGCUGAUGAAAAUAUUCUCCGAAGACUUCCUCUCGGCUCCGCUCCUGCUGCAAAACCUGGACUUGCAGGUACGGCGGAAGCUGGGCGAGCUGGGCGGCACUAUCUCAGACAACGAGCAAGACCUGCAGAUGGCCAACAUCGAGCACCUCUUGCUCACGCUGACGGAUAACGAGACAAAGUUCCUGCCUCCAUGGGCCGGCGGCCUCAACGACGGCACCGGCAGUGUUUUUGAAAACCAACUGCCGCCCGCAGACAAGGGCCCCGACGGGCCUGGCCCCGCGCAUCACACCAGCAUCACCAUGCCCUCGGUUGCCUCGAGUCGGUUGGGCUUCAGUUUCGAAGACAUUUCGGCCCUUCGCAUAGCUGGCAGCGCCACCGCCGCCUCGGUCGAUGUGCUUGACAACAUCUCGACCAUCUGCCACCCUGACCACUUCGUCGCCGACGACGCGUUGAUGGGGUCGGAGAGCUUUCACUUGGACCAUGCCGACUACUACGAUGCGCGACAUGUUCCCCCAAGCGCCAGACAGCGACGACAAUUCAAUGCGCUUUGA